UCCAAGUCAAACCGACUCCUCCGUUUGUUUUUUAUUACUAUUUUUUCUCUCCUCCUUCUUCUUCUUCUUUUCUUUUAAAAAAAACCCUCGGCUCCCGGCAUUGCCAAUCUGCAAAAAAAAUUUGCGGCCAUAAUGUGAGAUCAUCUGCUGCUGUCGUCCGACCCGUCGCUGCCGUUCGUCCUGUCAGGAGCAAGCGGCUCGCUGUGGAGGAUUACCAGUGACAUUACGCAGUAGACUUCGCCAGUGCGUCCAGCUGUCAAACUGACAACUAUGUGUUGGAAAGAGUAGAGAGAACACAUUCGUUCCUAUUUAUUGACUUUGCCUUUGCGUGUCUUUUACAUUUUUUUGUAUUAAUUUUUUUUGUGGUCCUCUUGGAUUAUCGCUGCCCAGCAACACGACCACCUGACAACUCUGAAUGUCGUAAUUAAGGAGAGUCAAUGAGCCAGCAAUGGAGACCAAAAGAUACCAAAGUUUCUUUGAUGGAAGUGAAACAGAAAACAGAUGGUCGCAGGUCCCCAUCGCCAUGGAGCACUGCUGCAGCACAGAGGAUUCAAGCCUGACUAGCAGCGAUAUCCUGAUGGACAUGGUCAAUGUCAGCUGCCCUGCUGGAAGCCCGGCCACUGACUGCAAAGACAACAAUACAAAGAAGCAGGAGCAGCCAAUGCUUCGACCCGGCCAGAACCAGCCAUUUGUUCUCCCACACUUAAACAACUCCCUCCAUGGUAAUAAGCAGGACAUUGACUCUAAAGAGCUUUCCAAGACUGUGGCUGAGUCUAUGGGCCUGUAUAUGAAUGCUGCCAGGGAGACAGACUUUGCCUUUAGCCAGCAUGGGGACAGUGGCAGCCCUGGGAAGAUGUAUACAGUGUGUGGACGGGCUCUAGAAGAGACCCAGUGUGGAUCCACAAAGAGCCCCAAGUUAAAGCCAUUUGGGUUCCAGCAACCCAGUACCACUCCCAGAGAAUGCACCACUGGGACUCCAGUUAGUUCCGCCUCAAUGCUGGCCUCAUCUCUGUCCUGCAGCCCUCAGACCUCCAGCUCCAUCUCCAGCCCAGGGGGCAGCAACAACAUGGUGUCAUCAACCACCAGUCCUUCAACGUGUUUUGGAGCGGCGUGCUCGUCCGUCAACAGUCCUGUCGGACAGACGUCUUGUGCUGCAGCUCUGGCCAACAUGAAGCGCAGGAAUUCAGCCACAUGUAGCCCUGUGGAGUCCAGCACCGUGGGCUCUCCACCUCUCACCAGCCCGCUCAACGUCAUGAGGUCGCCCAUGUCCAGCCCCCAGAGUAUGUGUAGUGUGAGAUCGCCUCUGUCCUGCAGCACUACCUGUAACAUUAGGUCAUCUGUAUCGAGCCCCACAGGUGGCUGCUGCACCAGCACUGCCAACAUUGGCAACACAGCAAGGCAAUCCAUCUCCAGUCCGGCCAAAGGGGGCACCAGGGCUGUCAGCAGCCCACAGAACCCCUCGUCAGGCGGGUUCCAUGUGUGCAGUCCUGCUGGCGGACUGGGCUUGGUGCAGAAUGACACCAACAGCCCAGAAGCAGCCGGUCUGACCAGAGACACGGACUUCAAGAACUUUGAAUUCCCUAAAGUAGAGAUGGUAGACGGGGAGGUGUUCAACGUCGGCUUAGACCAGAUGGGCAUGGUUAAGUACAUUAAGAACGAGCCUGGGACUGACUUCCGGAGCAUGUGUUUAGGUAGCUCCAAAUGUAAUGUGAGUAGCACACCUUUUAUCACACACAUUAAGAGUGAGCCAAACAAAGAUGAGGGAUGUAUGAACCAACAGCCCUACGGUGAGCAGUCACCAUCCCAUAGUCUCUAUCCUGCAUCCGAGACCACCUACUUGUCCCUGAGGAAUAACAUUGAUGAAUACAGUCUUUCUGGUAUCUUAGGACCCCCUGUCCCCUCUAUGAAUGGGACCUAUGAGCCCGAUGCGUUUUCCAACAAUGUCCUGUCCAAAGGGGUAAAGCAAGAGACCACUGAUGGCAGCUAUUACCAAGAGACUAACAGCAUGCCAACAUCGGCCAUUGUUGGAGUUAAUUCCGGUGGACAUUCAUUCCAUUACCAGAUUGGAGCUCAAGGAACAAUGUCUUUCACGCGGCACGAUGUGAGGGACCAGUCCAACCCAUUAUUGAAUCUAAUUUCGCCCGUAACGGCGUUAAUGGAGUCGUGGAAAUCUCGUCCGGGCAUGUCGCAGGGGUCACUGUCCGCCAGAGGAGAGGGAUACCUGGGUCAGAACUGCAUCACGGACAGCAUGACAAGCUCGCCGCUGAGACAGCCGUCCUCAACGGCCAAAGUGUGCCUGGUGUGUGCAGACGAGGCCUCAGGAUGCCACUACGGCGUCGUGACAUGCGGAAGCUGCAAGGUGUUCUUCAAAAGAGCCGUGGAAGGUCAGCACAACUACCUGUGCGCCGGGAGAAAUGACUGCAUCAUUGACAAGAUCCGAAGGAAAAACUGUCCCGCAUGUCGCGUACGGAAGUGUCUCCAGGCUGGGAUGAACCUUGGAGCACGCAAGUCCAAGAAGUUAGGGAAGCUGAAGGGUGUCGGCGAGGACCUGCAGGGCUCUAAGGACGGCCAGACGGCCACAGGUGGCGCUGGAGGCGGUUACCUGUCGUCAGAGAAGGAGCUCAACGCCAGCGCUGCCAAUGCCCUGGUGCCCCAUGGGCCCGGGGUGGUCACACCUUUUCUGCCGCCCUCCAUCUGCAGUGUGUUGGAGCUGAUUGAGCCUGAAGAGGUGUACUCUGGCUAUGACAACACGCAGCCUGACACCACCGACCACCUGCUGUCCAGCCUCAACCGCCUGGCCGGAAAGCAGAUGGUACGCAUGGUGAAGUGGGCCAAAGUACUUCCAGGUUUCCGGGGCCUGCCCAUUGAGGACCAAAUCACCCUGAUCCAGUACUCAUGGAUGUGUCUGUCCUCCUUUUGCCUCAGCUGGCGCUCCUACAAACACACCAAUGGACAGAUGCUCUACUUUGCCCCCGACCUCGUCUUCAACGAGGACCGCAUGCAGCAGUCGGCCAUGUACGACCUGUGUCUGGGCAUGAGGCAGGUGAGCCAGGAGUUUCUACGACUGCAGCUGAGCUAUGAUGAGUACCUCUCCAUGAAAGUCAUUCUGCUUCUCAGCACAGUUCCCAAAGAGGGUUUGAAGAACCAGGCGGCGUUCGAGGAGAUGAGGGUUAAUUACAUUAAGGAGCUCCGGCGUUCCGUGGGGAAAGCAACCAACAACUCUGGCCAAACCUGGCAGCGCUUCUUCCAGCUCACCAAGCUACUGGACGCCAUGCAUGAUCUGGUGGGGAACCUGUUGGACUUCUGCUUCUACACCUUUCGUGAGUCCCAGGCUCUGAAAGUGGAGUUCCCCGAAAUGUUGGUGGAGAUCAUCAGUGACCAGAUACCAAAGGUGGAGUCGGGCCUCACUCACACAAUCUACUUCCACAAGAAGUGACUCCCGUAACGGUCGGGUGAGAAGCUGCAUUAAGACCUGGACGAAAUGGGGAAGAAGUUCAAAAAGAGAAAUAUGUGCGAGAAAAGGCCAGACCAGUUGGCCCGCACCCGGUCGCCCAGUGUGCCGGCGUCGUCCUGGAUGAGAAGGUUACGCGACGUGGUGACAGAAUUAAAACGGGGCGGACUGAUUUGACCCUGCGGUCACCACGAGCGGGUCAGAGCUGUGAAUAGUACGCGGAGCGAGCACGACACGCCGAGAAGGACUUGAGACAAAUGUGACAAAGCAUCCCGAAGUACCCGCCCCGUGUUCCCUUUGCCCCGCCCCUCCCCCCUUUCCCCAAAGACAGUAUUUUCUAUGGAGAUAAAGCCAUACAUUUCUUAGGAUGCGCUAUAUACAUUCACUGCGUGCAGACACACACACACACACAUACAGGCACACACACGCAGGGGCAUUGAUCAACAUCCUGUCAACAUGCCUUCACACACAAGUCACAGAUGCACUCCACAUGCACUAAAAUCAGAAUCCCGUACAAAUCUAGAGAGAACGUUUUUGCAAAUAUUACAUGUGGCUUAUGCAGUCUUUCAUAAAUAAUAGCACGACAAAAAAAAGAAGAAAAGAAGCCAAUACGUAGAUUUCGCUUUGCAGUGUAGCAGCAUACUGCAAGACAACAGGGGAAUUAAGAGGAGACAGAAAUUGUAGACGGUAAGGUGAAAGGUCUAUUUGAAUAUUAUCCAAGGGCUAUACAAGCGUCAUCAUAAGCUGAAUAAUUAUAUUAAAUCUAACUAGUCCAAGUUUCGAUCUCAAUCGGUCUCAUGACAGCCAUCCUUAACAUUCACAUGCUGAGUUUAUUUUUUAAAUUAAACUACGAAGUAAAACAAUCAAAACUAAUAUGCAAAAGUCCAAAGCUAAAGCUGUUUAGAAAUUAAAGAAAUGUCUCUCUUGUGUAAAGAAAGGUUUGCGCGUGAAGCUCCCAUGUCAUAAAGUCACUAUUUGUAGGCAUCGUGGUGUAGGAUUGAGACAAUAUUGAUGAACCAUUUUACCUUUGUGCAAAAGUGGUGAGGAGUGCUGCAGGAUGGAAAACAUCAUGUGUUUACGGAAACGAUUGCAGUAGAGUCCGCUGGUAAUGGAUUUGACUGAGGUGCAUCCAGAGUAAUUGUGUUUUGUGUUAUCUCCAGAGCAGCUGUCCAAAUGUCUGUUUUUACUCACAAUGAAGCAAAACCAGCCCUUUGUGAACCAACACUUAUCUACUCUUCCCAGAAAUAAUAAGAAGCAUUUUAUAAAAGUGUGUUGCAAAGGUUUAGUUUUUGACACGCCAGUCAUUUUACAUUAAGGUGCUUCAUUUCUACAAAGCCAGGCAAGGCAUAACAUGUAUAGUCCCGCGUUGGCAGUCCGUACGACUCACUGUGCGGCCGCGCGGUUUAAAACACACAUAAAGGUGAUAUAUUCAAAAACGGAGCAUUACUCUGCAGUGCUUACAGCAAACAGCUAAUGUAUCAAAAACCAGGCAAAUGUGUACAGGUAUUAACAAUUCUUUAACACAUUCUAUUCAGCGGUUGUACAGAAAAUGUUUUGAGGUACGUGGUGAUGAAUGCUAGAUGAAGAACCGUCGGUAGGAUCACCUUUCCUAAUUUAGUUUAAUUCCUUACUCUUAUCUUCGGGCCGAGCUACUGCUAUUUUAGGUAUGGCAGGCCCAGUCAUCUGGACCAUUAACUUGUCUCACACCCCACUGGCUUCUGGGUGGUUGUGGAGGGAACACUACAAUGAUGCUACUGAAAAGCGAUAGAGCCGCUGGGGAAGAAAAACAGUGGGGGCGUUUGAUUAUUUGUCUUUAUUUAAAAAAAAAAAAUUCAGUGCCCUGUGAGUGUGUAUUUACAUUUGUGUAUGGCGCGAGAAUGGCUUAAGUUUGUAUGUGUGUGUGUUUUCUUUCUUUCUUUCUUUCUGGCAAGCAUGUGUGCAUAGUUGAUCUGCUCUAUCAUUGUGGGUUUUAUGCAUUUAUGUUAUAGGAUUAGCCAUAUCCUAUUUCUACAUUUCGCAUUUGCACAGUGGAGAAUGAUACAAUGUGAAAUGAGGCAUUAGUGCAGCUAGCAGGAAUUUGUCUGUUUUGAUAAGCGACUUAUGAUGAUGCGGCAAAAAGACUUUCUGCAUGGUCACCCAGCCUAAAGUUAGACAACAUGACAUCAUUAGCACAGCUGGGUGCUCGUGUAAUGUGUUUGCGGCUCUCGUGAUGAUGACGCCGGUAAGUGUGUGAAGAACGGCGGACAAAAAGAUGGCGGUGGCAAAUGUCAUUUCUGGGACUGCAUAAAAGUUAUUGGUGGGGGUGGGGUGUUCAGAAAAAAGUUAUUGUGUAUUUAAAGUUUGGGAGGGUAGUUUAUAUGUGUUGGGAGAGCGGGGGUUGUUUAAUCAUCCCAUAAUUAUAUGUGUUUCAUUCAUCCCGAGUUGAAAAGAUUGUGGUUCUCAUUGUAAUUACUUUUUAUCAGAUGACUCAUUGGCUGGCUUUUAUUAACCCAACUGUUGAGCAGCUGUUUAUUUAAAAAUAGAGACGGGAUGUAUUUGCACUAUUUUGUUGCUUUGCCAAAUUUGGAUUUCCAUAAGAUACAAAUGUAAGAUUCAGUCCCCCUCCUCCUGCCCAAUAGGUUUCGUACAGUCCCUUGUCAGAAAGGCCUCAUUUUACAUCCUGUAUUUGUUGUGCAUUAAUAACUGUGUUUGACUUGUGAAGGACCCUUAAGCUAUUCUCUCACCCUUUUUAUUUUAUUUUGCCCCUUUUUUUUGGUCCUUUUUGAAUAAAAAAAAAAAAAAGGUUCAUAGGAUGAAUGGGAAAGUAUUUUUGAGAGAAUUAUAUUUUGCUGGAAAAAAAUAUUUAAGUACUUUGUCUAAAAAUGAUAUCCUUUUUGUAAAAUGAAAUGUUAAUGCAUGCUUUUUGAUGAGAUGUUUACAUUGUAUUUAAAAAAGGGAAACUUGUGCCUUUUUAUCUCACCUGAUUUACAAUUUUACAUUAUAUAUUGUAAAUAAUACAGCAAGUCCUUAUGUUGAGUAUAGUAUAAAACAUUUCUACUUUAACCAUCUUGUUGGAAUAUUGAAAAAAUGUGUUUCCCACUCGCCAUGUUCUGUGUGUUGGAUCACAGAGAAGAAUUUACAGUCGAGUUGGCACGAGAAAGGGCCAAAUAGAGAAAUGAAUGUAUCAUACAUUGUGAGAGACUUAUGGAACUUACGACCUGAAUGUUAGAGAGAGUACAUGUAUUAUCUUCUUAUUAAGUCAAGUUAUUUGAUUUUGCAUCUUUACUUUUUUUUCCUUUUUGCAUCUUUGUUUAAGUGGCUCAAACAAAAGAUAAUAAUAAUCAAAAAGUAUUUCUUAUUUUGUAACAAGAUGUAUCAAGUGAUGGAUCCUUGAGUUGUUGCUGUUGAAAUUAUUUCCUAACCCGUGGCGGUAUCGUUGAUGAGCAUCACAAUAAAAUCCAGAAAUCAAACACUAUUGAAACUGGCAUAUGUGAAAGAAACUUCUUGACUUAUCCGUUUUAAAGUAGAAACCUAAUGCACACACAAAAUAAAGUGAAACGAUGGAUAAAGAGGCUGGAGACCUGAAGUUUGCCAAUUCGAAUUUGACCAUUUAAUAAAUGCAAUUAUAUCCAAAAAAUGUUAAAUCCUCAAAGAAAAAAGAUAUUUCCCAAAGAAUGUUAAUGUUAAAUGUAUACACAAGCCCCUGUAUGACCCUUCUGCACUCUCGGCUGUUUUAUUUUCUUCAAAGGAGACAUUUAAAAUUUCGGAUAUGCACUUAUUCGCUUUCUUGCUGAGAGUUAGAUUAGAAUAUUGAUACAACGCUCAUGUCUGUUCAGUAAAUAAGAAGCUUCAGCCAAGAGACUUUUAGCUUAGUUUAGCAAAAAGACUGGAUGCAGGGGAGGAACCUGGCUGUGCCCAAGGAUUAAAAGAAUCCACAUACCAGCAAAUUUAAAAGUUGGCAAUUAACAAACAUCUCAAAGAAAAAGUGGGAAAAUGACGGUUGAUAUUUUGAAAAGUCAAAAUCCCCCGUCAAACCACAACUCAUAUUUGUUACACAGGGAGCUUUAGAGGCAUAUACAUAUUAUAAUGGGAUCCUCAGCAAGAAGUGUGUUUCCCAAAAUGUCAAACUAUUCACAACUUGAUGCAUUAAUUACCUGGCAUCGCAAAAAUAAAAAAAAAGAAUAAAAACCUAACUUAUCAAGAUAGCAAUAGGAUUUUCAAAGCUGUCUUCUUCAAAAAAAUGAACUCCCUUUUUCGGCGUGAAUGACUCAGAAUGUGUUCAGCUGCUGUUACACAGUCCACCAUCGCCUCACUGUAUGUGAAGCCACGUCACGGCCAUUUUCUGUUCACGGGGAUGACUCGGGUGUAGAGAGACUAAGCCAUAUCUCCACAGCCAUGGCAGUGCAUUUCUUAUCAAUAUAUAAAUAUAUACAAAUGUUUUUUUUCCAAUUCCAAAAAUGACUUUUUACUCAGAUGCUUUGUACAAUAUUUCUCAGCAACUAUCCAGCAAACAUACAGUUGACAUCCUUCAACCAUAAACCAAUAAAACCAGUUACUACUGUAUAUCUUGAUGCAGAUAUUGCCAUACUUGUGUUUGCAAAACUAUUGCAAGAUUCUAAUAAAACUGUUAAAUUGAU